CGCGCAACCACCACGCAGCUACGAUCGUCUCUAAAACCCCGAUCACCCGCCUGUUUAGCACUAAACGCCCGUUCCUCGCCGCCUACAACAUGCCGCAAGCACCCAAAAUCACAUCCGUGGACGCGCUCCCGGCCGAUGAGGCCAAGUGGAUCGAAUUCCAGAAGAUCUCGUGGUCCGACCAAACCGGCAAAUCACGCGUGUGGGAAGCCGCCUCGCGCAAGACGCGCGGCAAGUCUGGCGUUGAUGCUGUCGCCAUCGCCACCGUAAUCCGGCACCCGAAAAACCCGCCCUCCACCAUCAUCAUCCUGCAGUACCGCCCACCCGUUGACGCCGUCUGUGUCGAGUUUCCUGCGGGCCUCGUCGACGAGAAGGAGACGCCCAAGGAGGCAAGCAUACGCGAGCUGCAUGAGGAGACGGGAUACAAGGGCGAGGUGACCUCGAUGAGCCCUACUAUCUUCAGCGACCCCGGCAUGAGCACAGCGAAUAUGCAGCUGGCGACGGUUGAGGUGCAGCUGAAGGAGGGCGACAAAGAGCCGGACCAGGCGCUGGAUGACGGCGAAUUCAUCGAGCGGCUAGUAGUCCCGCUAGAGGAGCUGUAUGAUCGAUUAAUCCAGUACGACCAGGAGGGCAAGAGGGUGGACGCUAGGCUGUGGCAUUGGGCCGAGGGGCUGCACUUCGCGAAAACCAUGCUAUGAGGGGAUUACCACUCAUCGAAUGUACAAGCCAAAUGUCCGAAAGACUGUCAUUCAACAGUCGACGAAUCUGGACGUCAUGUGAGGUGCAAGUGUCUCUGGCGCAUUCUUGCUUGUAGAUACUGUGCCAAGCCUUCGCGAUAUAGCAAUCGAGUUUGGGCAGGAUGAAGGCAACGACGAAAGAUUCGUACAUGGCAUCUUCUAGAUGUAUGUCUUUACCUCUCACACCUGACUUCCCGCUUCGCUCUUGUUUUCUCCGUCCAGAUCCAUACUAUCAUUCUUACGUCCAGUGUCUUUUACCAUUCAGUAUCCUUACAACAUCC